AUGAACUGCAGGCUGCGUCCCCAGCAGGCUGCAACCUCAGCCAUCCUCAUCGCACUCGUGGUCACCACUACAGCCGUCGCACAAGCAAGCACCGCAUUUAUCACAAUCGAAAGCAUGCCGUCCACAACAGCCGUGCCAGCUGUCGCUGUUUUUGCACUCGCAAUAUUCUGUCUUUCCUUCCUCGAAACACUGAUAGCAGUGACUUUUACUGAAAUCCGGGCACAGGUUACACGGGACCUGGUUUUUGUCUGGUCCGACAUUCUUACAGUUCUCACACCAAAACCCUUGACAUUGUUCGCACGUGAAGCCGUCAUCUUCACGAAUCCAUCCCUCGCACUCUUCGCACCGCUGCACGUCGUUGUUCAGGAUCAGGCGUUCGAGUGCAUGCAAUGCUCCGGCAUAUUGACGAAGGUUUUUUUGACCCUGCGUCGGCCAGGGAACUUCGCGCCCGUCUCGCGUAGCCAACUUAGUCGACUUGUACACCGAGCAAAGCCCCUGCCACAAGUUCAGUUCGGCUGCACUUCUGCACCAAGUGCCAUUCACUCUUUCGGACCUUGCCAGAUCCACGGCGUCAAGGAAAGGCAGCAAAUGCCGGACAUGGCUGAUGCGAUCCAUCUUGCUGUUGCCUAA